UAGCAGUGUAAUGGACGGAGUAGAUUGUAUUUUUCGUUUAACAGAGAGCGCGAUAAAUGCUUAAAAGUUAGGGCUGUGUUUAAAUUUUUGUUUUGUUUUUAAGUAGGUGAGACAGUUUCAAUGGGUCAACAGGCACCUUUUUCUUAAAUAGUAUGUUACUCUCGACCUAAAAAUGUUCUCUGUGAUUUGUGUCAGUCGCCUCAUUAGGUUGUAGAAAAUUAGGCCAAAUCAUUUUGAUUUGAAAGUUGGUAGCGAGUAGUCUCCACGUGAGGUGAUUUGCCACUUGAGUUUUGCUCUGAUUUUCUUUCUUCUCGCACAGGUAACAAUUAUGUAUCCAGAUUAAGCCUGCUACACAUCUGGGGAGAUUUGGGGCCUUAAUGGCCGACAUUUAAAUAUACUGAAGAUUGAUAUCGACUGGUGCGGUGUUUCCAAACAGAAGGUGUAGUGCAUUGUAAAAUUAAAUAUAUACACCAACAACAUUUUAGGAAGAAAGAAAUUUGGGUGAUAUUUCCAUCCAUUGCUAACAAUGUGGGCACGGUUCAAGAAGAUGGUGGUAACAGGAGCUAUAGGGUUUGCAAUUUUCAUACUUGGUCUUACCCUGCUGUUUUCUUUCCCAGUCUUAUUCAGAUAUUUGUUGUACGAGAAUCUACCUCUGAAAAAUGGGUCAAUAUCAUACAAGAUGUGGAAGAACAUCCCCAUUCCAAUCUAUCAGAGGAUAUAUUUCUUUAAUAUGACUAAUCCUGAAGAAUUUCUUCAGAAGGGUACAAAACCCAAACUUCAAGAGCUCGGCCCUUAUACUUACAGGAGCUGGUGGGUUAAAAGGAACAUUACUUGGCACCACAACGACACUGUGACAUAUAGGGAGAAGAAGAAAAAUAUUUUUUUACCUGAACUUUCCACGGGAAGUGAAAAUGAUUUAAUCACAACUAUUAACUUUCCACUGGUGGCGGCAGCAGCAUGGUUACGUAAUGCCAACUCAGUGGAAAAAAUUUCUGCCUCGAUUGCUUUCUUUCUGUUGAAAGAGACUGUUUUCAUCCGACGAUCAGUUCGCCAACUAACCUAUGAGGGCUACCAUGAUUACUUGACAGAAAUUGCUUCAUUGAUUAAUCCAGAUAUACCCAAGACUCGUGGAUAUUUUGGGUGGUUGUAUGGGAGGAAUAACUCUGAUGAUGGAGUAUUUACAGUUUUUACAGGAAAAGAUAAAAUCAACAAAUUCAAUCUCAUAGAGAGCUGGAAUGGAGCAAGCUCUUUGAAGUAUUGGAAUGGAACUUGCAAUCAAAUUGAAGGAACAAAUGGUGAACUUAAUCCUCCACUGAAAGAAGGUCAAGACACAAUUACUAUAUUCCAGCCAGAUUUGUGCAGAAGCUGGAAACUGGAAUACAAGGAGGAAAUUAAGAACUUUGGCAUGAAGAGUCGUCGUUUUACCGUCAAAACAUCCGUGCUUGCUAACAGCACAGAAAAUCCUGAAAAUAGUUGUUUCAGCACAAGAAGACAUCUUCCAUCUGGUGUCAUGGACAUGAGUCCAUGUAAAUAUGGUUCCCCUGUGGGGCUCUCUUUGCCCCAUUUCUAUCGAGCAUCCCCAUCCUACUUGAAAGCAGUCGAAGGUCUCCAACCCAACGAGUCCCGUCACGAGUUCUUCCUUGAUGUUCAUCCAGUCUCUGGGUUAUCAACAAACAUUGGUGCUCGAUUUCAGAUUAAUGCCAUUUUGGAACAAGAUAAAAUUAUAAGGCAGUUUUCCAACAUCACAGAACUGGUGUUACCGAUUUUGUGGCAAGAAGUUACUGGAUUCAUGACAAAAGAAUUGGUUGAAGAGUUGAUUAGAGACAUGGAAAAUCCACCUUUCUAUGCCUCUAUCUGUUCCUACUGUCUCCUUGCUGUUGGUGGCUUAUUGUUAUUAAUAGCCACUUCCCUGUUUUUUUAUCACCGGAUAGGCACUAGGCAGCAGUCAAGAAGAGGAUCUCCCCUGCUGAAAGAUGAAGAUAGACUUGAAGAAAACCACUCUACCAAACCUCAAACUUUCCCAGAGAUAAAUGGUCAUACAGCUGGAGAUGUUUGACUUUGGAUAACAGCCGGUAUUGGAUAAGUGGUCAUGAAACUAAAGAUGUUUGACUUUGGAUAACAGCCAGUAUUAACGCAACAGCCUUCUUCUAGUUUUUACUAGAUAACAGAAUGUAGCGGUAGUUGCUUCGUCAGUCUUUGUGAGAAUGCCUUACUUGUAACAGUGGGAAAUGAUAGCAUUUAAGGUCUGAUUUAUUUAUCCCUAAUUCAAUUAGUAAGUUAAUAGUUCUCAUUAAUGUAGGAUUUUGUGCAAAAACAGUGUUGUGGGGCUAGAAAGUUUUCUGUUUUGCUUCUUAUAGUGAAAAGUUUUAAGCUCUACUAGUUCUACGUAGUUCAAAAAAAAAGAAACAAAAGUGUGAGUAUGAAAUGUCUUCUGGAACUGAUGUAAUAAUGGAUAAGUUUCGGUGAAAUAAAAAAAAACAUCAUUGUAGUUGCUAUGUGGGGAAAAGAUUACAAGUUUGUUGUUUGUAGCGUAAAAUGUAAAUUAUGGUUUGGCAUGCUUUAUUUUCUUAAAAUUUUUGGUGAUCAAAGUUUUUAGUAUUGGAAUUAUUCUGGACUGCUGAAACAAACAGCAAGUUUAUUUACUGUGAUCAAAAUGAUUUGUAAUAUUCUCCUUGCCUAAAGAUUAUUUUAUAAUACAAUUAAGAAAGUAAGUUUUGGACGUCCAUUUCUGUUAUUGUUAAAGAAUGGUGUCUGUCUGUGCGUGUAGUGCAUAAGUAAAUGUCAUUAUGUGUGGUAUUUAAGUAGUAAAGAACCUUGUAAUAAGUAAAAACCAAACUAUAUGUUUGCGUUUUAUGAACAUUUGCUCAAUUUUUCAGUGAAUGAGGGUUAUUGUGUGCCAAGGUGCGAGGAACAAAUUGAUAUUAAACUUUUAUAUUUUGGAAAUUGUGGUACUAAGUUAAUGCUGAAUUAAUUUCUAAGGUCUUAAUAAGUACCGAGCAGAGUAACUGUUGGGCUUAAGUUAACAUUAAGACCUUGGAAAAUAAUUCAACAAGUACUUAGCAGAGUAACUGUUGGGCUUAAGUUAACAUUAAGACCUUGGAAAAUAAUUCAACAAGUACUUAGCAGAGUAACUGUUGAACUUAAGUUAACAUUAAGACCUUGGAAAAUAAUUCAACAAGUACUCAGCAGAGUAACUGUUGGGCUUAAGAAGACCGUUUCUUGUAGUUUUGUGAUGCCCAUUCUUUUCUAGUUAUGUUUUUGAAAUAAGCCAGUGAAUUAAUCAGUCAUGUCCAACUUUAAGGUUGAGUGUGCUUUGUAAUUCAAUACUUAUUAUAUAGUAUUUGAAAGUUUCUGAAUGAGUUUUAUUUUGCAUUUUAUUGCACUGCAUACCUAGAUUUUGGUAAAAUGGAUUUAAAACUAAAAAAAAAGCAAAAAGACUUAACUACAUCGUAUGGUGUCUAAACGUGAUGUAAAAUUUUAUGGAUUUAUACAAACGACAUGACUUAACACUUUUGUCACUUAUAUAAUAUCAGUAUUUGGGUUUGUUAGUCAUAACGAACAAUAAUAGUGUGCCGUUUGGUUAAAAUUGAACCUUAAAUUUGGCUGUAUAUUAGUCCACCAUCUAUGGUUCAUCCAACAAUGUUAAUUUUUCUAUCUGUACGGGCUCUAAGUUCAAGAUUAUUAUGUCACCAUGGCAACAAACACUGUGUGAAGGUAAUAUAUCUAUACACAAAAAUGGACAGAUGUAGGGUUAAAAUGUUGCUUUAGCUACAGAGAUAACAUAUUUUGAAUAAAGCAUAU